CGCCGGCCCUGGGGGGUGGGGGACAUAGGGGGGGAAAAAGCAGCGCGCGGAACCGGGCCAGGGUUGCCCACUCACGCUACAAUGGCCUCUGGGGUGGAAGUGCUUCGCUUCCAGCUGCCCGGCCAUGAGGCUGCCACGCUGCGGAACAUGAACCAGCUCCGCGCGGAGGAGCGGUUCUGUGACGUGACCAUCGUGGCCGACAGCCUCAAGUUCCGCGGCCACAAGGUCAUCCUGGCCGCAUGCUCACCCUUCCUUCGGGACCAGUUCUUGCUGAACCCCAGCUCCGAGCUGCAGGUCUCCCUGAUGCACAGUGCGCGCAUCGUGGCCGACCUGCUCCUCUCCUGCUACACCGGUGCCCUGGAGUUCGCAGUCAGGGAUAUCGUCAACUACCUGACGGCCGCCUCCUACCUGCAGAUGGAGCACGUGGUGGAGAAAUGCCGGAACGCCCUCAGUCAGUUCAUUGAGCCCAAGAUAGGCCUCAAAGAGGACGGGGUCAGCGAGGCGAGCCUCAUGAGCAGUGUCAGCGCCACCAAGUCCCUGCUCCCUCCAGCCAGGACCCCAAAGCCAGCUCCCAAGCCCCCGCCCCCUCCACCUCUGCCCCCUCCGCUCCUGCGGCCUGUGAAGCUGGAGUUCCCGCUGGACGAAGACCUGGAGCUGAAAGCCGAGGAGGAGGACGAGGACGAGGAUGAGGACGUGUCUGACAUCUGCAUCGUCAAGGUGGAGUCGGCCCUCGAGGUGGCGCACCGGCUCAAACCCCCCGGAGGCCUGGGAGGGGGUCUGGGUAUUGGGGGCUCCGUGAGCGGCCACCUUGGGGAGCUGGCCCAGAGCAGCGUGGCCCCCAGCACUGUGGCCCCACCGCAGGGUGUGGUGAAGGCCUGCUACAGCCUGUCAGAGGACGCCGAAGGGGAGGGCCUGCUGCUGAUCCCUGGGGGCCGGGCCAGUGUGGGGGCCACCUCGGGCCUAGUGGAAGCGGCGGCGGUGGCCAUGGCUGCCCGGGGGGCGGGGGGCAGCCUGGGGGCGGGGGGCAGCCGGGGACCCCUGCCCGGGGGCUUCUCGAGUGGAAACCCUUUAAAGAAUAUCAAGUGCACCAAGUGCCCGGAAGUGUUCCAGGGCGUGGAGAAGCUGGUCUUCCACAUGCGCGCACAGCACUUCAUCUUCAUGUGCCCGCGCUGCGGUAAGCAGUUCAACCACAGCAGCAACCUCAACCGCCACAUGAACGUGCACCGUGGCGUCAAGUCACACUCGUGCGGCAUCUGUGGCAAGUGCUUCACGCAGAAGUCUACGUUGCAUGACCACCUCAACCUGCACUCAGGAGCGAGGCCCUAUCGCUGCUCCUACUGCGACGUGCGCUUCGCCCACAAGCCCGCCAUUAGGCGGCACCUCAAGGAGCAGCACGGCAAGACCACUGCCGAGAACGUGCUGGAGGCCAGCGUGGCCGAGAUCAACGUCCUCAUCCGCUAGCCAGCGGGGCAGGCGGGUGGGGAAGGGAUCCUGGGCCCAGGAGGAUGGGGUUGGGGGUCGGGCAGACACCGGAAGGAGGGAGGGAGGGAGAGGUUCCCUGGAGGGAAGACCCUGCUUCUCAGAGAAAGGAUGGAGCUAGAGACAGGGUUCUUCGACAAGGCCAAGGGAACGCAGGGCCCCAGAGACUGAUUUUCCUAGAGGUGCAUGGAUACAUGGAGGGAGGGAAAAGGGUUCCAUAGAAUGAGGAAAAGAGAAGACUGGAAAAUGUUUUUUUCCUGGCCAAGGCUGCCCAGGGGAAGGAAGGUUCUGACACUUGUUGAGGUAGGGGUGGGUGGGUGGGCAACGGGAGGGAAUUGGCAGGAGGCGGCUUCCUUGCUCCUGUUUAGAAUAGAUCCUUGGGAGAGGGAGUGGUGGGGAAAGCACGUAUGGAAUCCCAGACCAGGAAGAGGGAGACCGUUCUUGCAUGCUGGGGAAAUGGGAUUGUGGGUACAUGGCUCGCCAAAAGUGGAGGACAAAGUGAAGGUGCCAGGUAAGAGGACGUGGGGUGAGCCUCCUGGGUAGAUACUGGGAAGUGGGGGUACAAUAGCAAGAACAAUGAAUAGUGAACGGGUGGGGGGCAGGGCACUUAGAAAAAAGGACACAAGGAGGGCUGUUAGUGGGAGGGAGAGGAGUAGAGACAUACAGUAUUUUUUAAGAAAACAAAACGUAUUUUUUAGGAUUUUUUUCUGGAGUUUGGGGUUUUAGUUUUUCUGCUUUGUUUUCCACAGAAUAAAAAAAAUAAUUUUUUUUCUUUA